AUGAGCCAAGUCAUAAAGUUCACCGAUUUACCAGCUCGUCCAGGUUUUGGAAAGGCUGGACGACCAAUAAAAGUUUGGACUAAUUUUUAUCCGGUGGAAAUUCCUAAUGCAAUCGUACACCAUUACGAUGUCGACAUUCAGCCCGACGUUCCAGCUGUUUUGAGCCGGCAAAUUUUUGCUCACUUUCAAGUAACCGAACGUGGGGGAGUUCUGGGUGGGGUAAGAGGCGUUUAUGACGGUCGAAGAAAUGUUUAUACAAUCGGAGAAUAUCCGUUUGGAGAUUAUAUAUCACACGAUAUACCUUUUCCGUCAAAUGAUUCGAAUCGCCCUCCACGUCAAUUUAAAAUAAAGUUAAAAAAGGUAGCCCAGAAAAAUUUGGAAGAGUUAUUAAGAUUCGUUGAAGGCAGGAGCUCGCGUGAUAAUGUUGCAACCGGAAUUUCUGCUCUUGAGGUUUUGAUUAACCAAGCCCCAGCUAUGAAUUUCAUCACUAUUGGGCGUCGUGCAUUUUUCACUAGGGAGGGAGCUAUGCCUAUCACUGGUGGAUUGGAAGUGUAUCAAGGAUAUUGGCAAUCUUUACGUCCUGGUCAAGGUGGUUAUUAUAUAAACUUUGAUACGGUUGCGACAGCCUUUUAUCAAUCAGAAAAUGUCGCAACUCUUUUCGCUAAACUCCUCGGUUGUCAAAGAGUCGAAGAACUUCGUGGCAAUAUAUCCCCACAGGAUCGAUCUAAGCUAGAAAGAUCGCUAAGAAGGCUUAAAUUUAGAGUUUUGCAUCGAGGGGAUAAUUUCACUCAAAAAUUUAGAAUACACAAACUCUCAGAAAAAGCAGCCAGCGAAGACAGUGAAGCAUCUACGACUAUAACUGUACAGAAUUAUUUUAUUCAACACUAUAAUCGAAGAUUACAAUACCCAUUUUUACCAUGUAUUCAAUUGCAAAGUGGAUCGUAUUUCCCUGCAGAGUUGUGUGUUCUUGAAGAGGGACAAAGAUAUGAAAAAAAAUUAAGUGAUGAUCAAACAGCAGAUAUGAUAAAAUUCACUUGUCAAAAGCCACAUGUUCGUAAAGACAGAAUCCAAAAAGGUAUCGAUUCAUUUUCAUAUGAUCAGAAUCAAACUUGCAGGGAUUGGGGUCUUAGGGUUUCGAGACAAAUGAAACAAGUAGAAGCUCGUGUUCUUCCAGCUCCUAGAUUAGCUUAUCAUCCGUCAGGCAAAGAAGCAAAUUUUGUGCCUCAAAUGGGAGCUUGGCAACUUGGCCCUGGUAAAAAGAUGUUAGUUGGUGCCACCUUAGAAAGCUGGUCAGUGUUAAUAUUUGCGAAUCAACAUAGUAUAAGACAACAAAUGGUAGAUGAAUUCAUUCGAGAGUUAGCUAACACUCUUUCAGAGAAUGGCGCGAAUAUUGUUGAUCGUCAACCUCCAAGCAGAUAUACAAAUCCAAAUGGAAAUAUUGAGGAGUCAAUUCGUAUAGCAUUUCAAGCCGCAAAAAAUCAUUAUAAAAAAGCACCGCAGUUAAUUCUUUGCAUCUUACAGUCAAAGACACAAAUUUACGAUGAAAUUAAAAGAAUUGAAGAUACAGUCUCGGGAGUACUAACUUCAUGCGCUAUAAUAUCACAUAGAAAAAAACGAAACAAGCAAUAUUAUGGUAUGCUGGGACUAAAAAUCAAUAAAAAACUUGGAGGAACCAACAUGUCAUUACAAAAAGGAUUCCUUCCUUUCUUUGAAAACGCUCCGACUAUUGUAUUUGGUGCUGAUGUUACUCAUCCUGGCCGUCUCGAAAAAACGCCUAGUAUUGCAGCAGUUGUGGGAUCUACCAGUUUAAUUCCCAAUGACUUUGCCACUUCUAUCAGAUUCCAAGCUUCUCGAACCGAAAUAAUAGAUAAGCUUAAAGACAUGGUGCAAGAACUGCUGAAAGCAUUCUAUAAAAAAACUGGUAAAAAACCUGAGCGUAUACUAUUUUAUCGCGAUGGUGUUAGCGAAGGCCAAUUUGAUGAUGUUAAAGAUCAUGAAGUGGAGGCAAUUCGUAAAGCUUGUUUGGCUAUAGAAAAAACCUAUAAACCUAAGCUUACCUUUAUUAUUGUGCAGAAACGUCAUCAUGCAAGAUUUUUCCCAAUGAAUAAAAACGACGAAGAUAGAUCAGGCAAUUGCACAGUUGUCGAAAAAACUAUAACUCAUCCUUUAGAAAACGAUUUUUAUUUACAAUCACAUUCUGGAAUACAAGGAACAUCACGUCCAACACAUUAUCAUAUUUUGGAAGAUGAAAACAAAUUCACUCCAGAUGGGUUACAAACCUUGACAUACAAUCUAUGUUACUUGUAUGUACGAUGUCCUCGCGCUGUGUCUAUGGUGCCGCCUGCGUAUUACGCUCAUUUGGCAGCUUUUCGUGCUCGGAGUUGGAUAAAACAGUUAGUUGUGGAUGCCAACGCUAAUAAUGACGAAGUUUCGUUAGAAGAUUGCCCUAGCUUGAAAGCGGAUUUGCAAAAAACCAUGUUUUACAUUUAG